AUGUUGGCCAACGGGCAAUACAGCACUUCUUUCUCUCAUCAACCUCUCCACCUGCUGCAGCAGCUCGGUUUGAACAUGUCCCUUCAUAGAAGCCUAAUUAGAGAACUGGGGCUCUUGCUUCUGGUGCUAGCUCUCAUGCACGAUGCCUCAGGCCAAAGGAGAGAGAAGACACGUAAAAAAAACUACAAACUGCACGAUGAUGGAGGGACUGGUAUUUUUUUUGACAGGUCAACACAAGCUGGUGAACGUAAAUGUUCACUGGAGGUGAUCUUCCUACUGGACAGCUCUGAGAGUGCAAAAACUGACCUAUUUCAGCAGGAGAAGAUGUUUGUGUUGAGGUUUAGCACCAGACUCUCCAUGCUCCAGAUAAAAGGCAUUUCGCUGAACAUUCGAAUGGCUGCGCUGCAGUAUAGCAGCUCUGUGUCCAUAGAGCACAGAUUUGUCGACUGGGUAGACCUAGACUCCUUCCAGGGUAAAAUCAACACCAUGAGCUACAUCGGCCAAGGCACCUUCACCACCUUCGCCAUUACGAACGCUACACAGAUGAUUCUGCAAGAAACCAAGACGGAGGCCGUCAGGAUUGCGGUGCUCAUGACUGAUGGGGUUGACCAUCCCCGCAACCCUAACGUGAUAACAGCAGCCACAGAAGCCAAGCGCAAUGGCAUCAAGUUCUUCACCAUAGGGUUGUCAGACGUCGCCCUGCAGAGAGAGAGCAGGGAGAAGCUCCAGGCCAUCGCAAGCCCACCUCCUGAGAGAUUCUUCCAUCUUCUGGAUGACCGUCUGCUGGUGGAGAAGCUGCUCAAAGAGAUGGAAGAAGUUGCGCGUAACGAUUGCCCACCAUGUGUGUGUGAAAAAGGAGAGAGAGGCCCUCCAGGGUAUCCUGGAAGAAAAGGAGACCAAGGCGAUGAAGGGCCACCUGGUCAAAAAGGACUGAAGGGUGAUCCUGGACUGAAUGGUCGACCUGGAAAUGACGGUUCACCGGGACGUCCAGGCUUUAAGGGCAACAAGGGGGAUAAAGGAGAGUGCGGUGUUCCAGGAGAAAAGGGUGCUGCUGGACGAGAUGGACUUUCAGGACUACCAGGACUAAAAGGAGAAAAGGGUUUAAUAGGACCAAUAGGAGACAUUGGUCCUGAGGGCCCAGCAGGACCUAAAGGGGACAGAGGGCCUUCGGGCGUACCUGGACCACCAGGAGACUUUGGGAUUGGACGUCCAGGGCCCAAGGGUGAAAGGGGCAUUCAGGGAAAACCAGGUCCAAUCGGUCCUGCUGGGAAAGGAGACCCAGGACUACCUGGCCCACCAGGACUGGCUGGACCACAAGGACUCCCUGGACCCCAAGGAGAAGGGUUUCCAGGACCAAAAGGGGACCGAGGAUUUGUAGGUCUGCCAGGAAAGCCUGGGCCUUCUGGUGUUGGGAUUAAAGGUGAAAAGGGUAAUCAUGGACUUCCAGGAAUCCAAGGUCCAGUUGGUCCUCCUGGAGCUGGACUUCCAGGGGAAAAGGGAGAUUUGGGCCCAGUUGGACCUCCAGGAUCCAGAGGAGUUCCAGGAAUUGGACUCCCAGGGCCAAAGGGGAAUCAGGGCCUCACAGGUGAGCCUGGAGCACCAGGUGAGAGAGGCGUGGGAGCACCAGGACCCAAGGGUGAUCCUGGAGCUCCUGGUCUUUCCGGAUUACCUGGUCUACCUGGAGAGGACGGAAAUGCCGGACAACAGGGUGAUGUUGGCUUGCCAGGGCCCAGAGGACCUGAUGGGAUUCCUGGUACAGGAGUUCCUGGAGGGAAGGGGGACAAAGGGGACAGGGGGACCAGAGGCCAGCCAGGUCUACCUGGUCCUAUGGGGCCAAUGGGUUCGAAGGGAGAACCUGGAAAAAUAGGACUACCAGGAUCAAUUGGGCCUCCAGGCAGGGGGAUUCCUGGCGCUAAGGGAGACCAGGGACCACAGGGUCCGCCUGGAGAAGUUGGAGAACCUGGGUUUGGUUUCCCUGGACCCAAGGGAGACCGAGGGCCACCUGGUCCUGUUGGGCCCCCGGGACAGAAAGGGGAAGGUUCCUCCGGCCUCCCAGGACUUCCAGGGCCUCCUGGUCUGCCAGGAGAGAAGGGACUUGAUGGAAUUGGUUUUCCUGGACCCAAGGGAGAUAGGGGGUUCCCUGGACCUCCUGGUCCUGCUGGACCUCCAGGAAUUGGUCAGAUAGGUCCUAAGGGUUCUCCUGGUCCAGUUGGACCUAUUGGCCCUCCUGGGUUACCUGGAGAAGGCAUACAAGGACAGAAGGGAGAACCUGGAUUUCAGGGAAUUCCUGGACCAAGAGGUCCUCCAGGACAAGGUCUGCAGGGAGACAAGGGAGACAGAGGACUCAGAGGUGAGACUGGAAAAAAAGGAGAUGGUGGACCGCCUGGACGACCAGGAGAUACUGGCCCUGUGGGCAGAACGGGACAAAAAGGAGAGCCCGGACUAUCAAAGGAGGAGAUCAUAGAAAUAAUCAGAGAGAUAUGCAAGUGCAACAAGGAAUGUAUACAGAAUCCCCUUGAACUCGUCUUUGUGAUUGACAGCUCAGAGAGCGUGGGCCCUAAAAACUUUGAACUGAUCAAGGACUUUGUGAACACCCUGGUAGACCGCACCACGGUCAGAUGGAACGCCACGCGUGUCGGCGUUGUCCUCUACAGCAACAUUAACGUAGUCGUGGUCAGCCUCAAGCAGGAAGCCACAGCGGAUGAGGUCAAGGACUUUGUUAGGAACAUGGAAUACCUGGGCCAGGGCACCUACACCGGCAGCGGCAUUGAAAAAGCAAACCUGGAGUUUGAGGCGGCGCGGCCAGGUGUGAGGAAGGUGGCCAUCAUCAUCACAGAUGGACAGACGGACCAGAGGGACUCGGUCAGUCUGGAGAGCGCAGUGACAAAAGCUAAAGCCAAUAAAGUCGAGAUGUUUGUCAUCGGAGUGGUGAACGAGAGUGACCCCAACUUAGAGAAGUUCAAGGAAGAGCUCAACUUCAUCGCCUCAGAUCCUGACGAGGAACACAUGUUCCUGAUCAAAGACUUCGAAACGUUUAAGGAACUUGAGAAAAAAAUCCUGCCUUGUAUCUUCGAAGUCGGAAAGGUUGCCCUGUUUGACCCCCAGAGCCUAAAUGGUAUACUUCUUCCUGGGACCCCAGAGCGCACUGGUAACAAUGGAAAACUGCCAUUUUGGGAGGAAGGAGACGAUCUCACCUUCCCAGAAGACUUCAAGAGGGUUCAGAUAGUGCCAAAUUCUCCAGUAUCCCACUCCAAUGGGGAGUUGGUCCUUCUACGGAGACCCCAGACGGGCUGCAGCCACGCCAUGGAUCCAGGCCCGUGUCGGAACUACGUGGCGAAGUGGUACUAUGACGCCAUGUCUAACUCCUGCGCCCAGUUCUGGUUUGGAGGCUGUCAAGGAAACCAAAACCGGUUUGAUACAGAGAAGAAAUGUAGGGAGACAUGUGUAAAGGUCUAAUCCUCUUAGCAAUAAAAAUGUAUGUUUUCAAGUAAAUGCUAGUAAAACAGUUUGGUCUAACUUUACAUGUUACACAAAAUGUACCACUUAAUCUCUAGUGCUUUCAUUUCUCUUUAUAAUUGUGAUUUAUGAUUAACCAUGAAAUGAUUGGAGAUUUAAAUUUUACACCAAAACAAGAUAAU